UCUCCUGCCCCGGCCGGCGCGGACAGCCCAGGUGAAAAGAGGGAAGGAUACACCUGAGUGUGCCCAUGGCUCAGGUGCCGGGCAACUGUUCCCAGGGCUCUGCGCCAAACAGUGCCAGCUCUUCGGUGGGACCCGAGCAGAUCCAACACCUCUUGCACAUGUGCAAGGAAGCCAAGAAAGCAGCCUAUUGUCCCUACAGUCACUUCCCAGUGGGAGCAGCUCUUCUGACUGGUGACGGGAAGAUCUUCUCUGGGUGCAACGUGGAGAAUGCCUGCUUCCCGCUGGGGGUGUGCGCUGAGCGCACUGCCAUUCAGAAAGCCAUCUCGGAAGGGUACACGGAUUUCAGAGCCAUGGCCAUUGCGAGUGACUCAGAGGAGCAGUUCAUCGUGCCCUGCGGGGCCUGCCGGCAAGUAAUGAGAGAGUUUGGGAGAAACUGGGACGUUUUCAUGACAAAGCCAAAUGGGACGUAUAUGUUCAAGACUCUUGAAGAGCUCUUGCCUCUGUCGUUUGGACCUGAGGAUCUAAAGAAGCUAUGAAGAAUGCAUGGGACACUUGGCCUGUAAAGGCACCGAGGAGCCGUUGGACAAUCUUCCACUUCCUGCCUCCCAGAUGAAGCUUUGAUGACACUUCCCAAUUCUGCCUUCUCAAUUGUCACUCAGCUUCCGCAGCUCUCAGAUAAAGGUGCUUUUGUGUUUUGGGUUUUUUUUAAAGGGGAUUAAGGAAGCUUUGAUUAAGAUGUUUUAAAAUACUACCAUCUUACUAGAAGCUGCAAAGCCAGCGAUUACCCAUGUGAUGGUAUCUGUGUAACAUUUAAGAGAGGACAUUAAGAAGAAUGUGAUAGUCUGUUGA